AUGGAUAAUGAGGAAGAUGAUCCCAACUACACUCCGUUUGAUGACGAAGAGUCUAUUCGUGCUGGAUUCAAGGUUGGCUUUUCUGAAGAUCGAAACAAAAAGUAUAGACGAACGAUGGAGGUCAAUCAUGCACUCAUUCAAGCCACUGUUGCGCACCUGAUGCCUUUAGGAUUUUUCGCUGUUUUUGAUGGACAUGCAGGCAGAAGUGCGGCAGACUAUUGUGGUCAGAAUCUCCAUACAAAUUUCGCACAGCUACUGAAAGAGCAGCCUACAGCGAGUAUCCCAGAGAUACUUAAUAAUGCAUUUUUACUAACAGAUCAACAAUUAUCACAACGAAAAGGCAUGCAUGCGGGAUGCACGGCGGUAGUAGGAUUCGUUCGGACUGAACAUAGGAGCUUUUUAAAUAAUGAUCAACAGGGAACUCGUAAAGUGCGAGUAUUAUAUACGGCGAAUGUUGGAGAUUCUAGAGCGGUUUUAUGUCGAAAUGGUUCUGCAGUCAGACUCUCUUAUGAUCAUAAAGGCUCAGAUCAACAAGAGUCGCGUAGAAUAUUGGAUGCAGGUGGUUUUGUGAUGAAUAGCAGAGUCAAUGGUGUUUUGGCAGUUACUCGCUCACUAGGUGAUAUGAGCAUGAAGGAAUGGGUUAUUGGAAAUCCAUACACAACAGAGACGGAGCUAAACAAUACAGAUUCUUUUCUUAUUCUUGCAUGUGACGGGAUUUGGGACGUGUGUACUGACCAGCAGGCAUCGGACAUCAUCAAGGGUAUUCAUGAUCCACAAGAAGCAGCCGACACAUUGCUGGACUUUGCACUGGACAAUUUUUCGACAGAUAAUCUUACAGUUAUUGUUGUCCGCUUCAAUACUUCAUAUCUCGAGUAA